CGCCGACGAUUGCGAAGGUGACGGACGUAUACUAUACACCACUUUCAUAGUUCGUGACGUCUACUGUGUAGCGUAUCUUCAUCAAAAGAAAUCCCAGAAAAACAGCAUGGCUGUUAAUGAUGUCUGGGAAAGAAUUAAAAACUCUUUUUCUCUUCACUGUUCUAUUAACGAAUUAAAAAGGAGGAGAAAUUCGUGAGACAUUCGUAAACAAGUGUAGGAGGAAGCGCAAACGGGUUCGCAAAUUGAGUAUGCGAACCCAUUUGCACAGCCGCUAGGUUUGCGAAUGAAUGUUUGACGGCCCUUCACAUGCGCGCGAACAUUCGUACAAUGUACGAAUAUUUGCGCGCAUGUCGGUGGCCGGCAUUAUUGCAACCAUAGAUAAACCUAAUAUUUGAGAAGUGCAAAUAACAUACUAAUCUGUGAAACAGUGUUUUUAAUAAAGAAAAUUUUAUGAUUACAAAAAUGUGAAUAAUUUCUAAAUUUAACAAUAAAACCAAUAAGUCACUAUGGCAUUGUUCAUGAAACAGGAUUUCACUCCUCCGAUCCUGUCGAGAAGAUGGCUGGCUAUCAAAUUCAGACCGAACAUGCUGAUCUAUAGUCGCCAUCACGUGGUAGCCAUAUUAGAGAGUGGUUUGAUGUUUAGAGAGGACAGCGUUGAGGUGGAACAAGAGACCCCUUCGCCGGAGGAGGUGUGGGCUGUCGCUGGGGGCUCGAUGGGGGGAUGGCUCACUAGGGGCGAGGCAAUUAUCUCUGGAGGCCUAGUUGCCGCUGCUCUGAUCGCUUUUCCGCCCAAAAGUUUCGACAGAAGAGCCCUCCUGAACGCGGGUACGUAUCUGGCCAUGCCGAUAUUGGUGCGGUCCGCGCACCGCUCCCGCUGCGGCGGCUCGCUGGGGGCGCUCGUCUCGAACAUGCGGGAGUACCUGUCGCUGGCGCGCAGAGCUGCGGCCUGUCUCAAGGAGUACAGGGCGCUGCACACGGAUACCGCCGGCGUCGCGUCCGUGCUGGAGUCGACGCACGCGCUGCUGUGCCGGCAGCAGGCGGGGGCGGCGGUGCUGAUGUCGCGCGCGUCCUCCUCGUUGCUAGGCAACGCGCCCUGGCUCCGCGGCGAUCUCGCCUGGGACGCGGUUGCCUUCGGCGACACCGACAACCUGAUGAAAAUCCACCACGGCUUCCUGGUUGUGCAAUCGACGCUGUUAAAGCACAUAGCAUUGGCUCAUUUUCUCCCGUCGCAAUACGCACGGAGGAUAUACAGGAAUCACAACGAAAGACUGUAUUGGCUCCACAAUGUCUUGAUAAGGCAUUUAAAUGACGAAUUCGUGCAGAAUCGCGACUCAUUGGAGCGAAUGUAUCGAUUAUUGAAGAAUUCGGGGUGUCGAGAUAUCGAUAAUAAGAGAUUAGGGUCGGCCGUUAUCGAUAACUGGGCGUAUUCGGAGGUGCACACGGGCGUGGCCAGAACUUGUCUAGAACUAAAACUGGCCCUGAACAAAUGCAACAGUCUAGAUAUGUUCUUCGAUUCGUGCGCUUCGAACGAUCACAAUCUAGAUUUGGACGUUAUCGAUAAAGACUUAGAGUCGAUAAUCGAUGGGAUAACGAAAUGCUUGAGCACGAUGCAGAGUUCGCAGUUGCGCUUGAAGAAGUUGCGCGGGAAACUAGUCGAGGACGCGACGCGGCAAGAUGGCGUCGACGUUACCGAGACGUUGACGGUUUUGAAAAUCGAAGACCGCGCGCCGGUUGUGGAGGAUGAGGUUUUUUAUUACGUGAAAACGGACGAAGACGUCGUAGCCGUGCAGCCGGUCGCGGAUUUGACUACGGCCCCGGGAGAGAAGGAAAAGGAGGCGACUAAGAUCGUGCUCGGCGAGUUGAGGAGGAUAUUGGGGAAGAGAGAGAGCGUUAUGAGGGAGCGAGAGAGAAGAGCCCUCGUGAGAACGAUGCCCGAACUGAAAGACCUACCGGAAUUCCCGAGGCAGAUUAACUACGACGAUUACGUCAAAAGUAAAGGCUGCAUCGCUAAAUACAAGAGAAAAUCCAAAAGGAAAAAACUGUUCAAAACGUACAGCAUAACUGUAAAUCGAAAUAAAAAUAUUAAAUACUUAAUGCUCCUUCGCAAAUAUGUUAACGAAGAUGACAUUGCCGAUGUUACAUACGAAGCGAACGCCAAAACGAAUUUCAAAAGUAAAUUAUUAACGUUUGAAUGGUUAAAAACAAAAGAUAAUAGAAAAAAUAAAAUAUUAAUAAUUAUCAAAUGGUGUAAACUUACGAAAUGUUUGAACUUAAUCAAAAAUGUGGCUACGACGAGCCGGGACGUCGCCGUUGAAAGCGUCAAUGACACUGACACUGACAGCUUCAAAGUCACGAAGAAGGAUUUGGAGAUGACGUCAUCGUCUGACAGCGAAUCGGAAAGCUUACUGCGCGACGUCAGAAAGAACAGGGUUGUCAGGCGGAAGAAUUACCCGAGAAAUAGGGGGAAUUAUAAUGGGUCCGACGAGAGCUGCCGGCCUAUAGAAUACAGUUUGGGCACGGGUCUAGCUAUGGCGUCCGUCCUGCAGAUCAACAGUAAUGCGAAGAUGCCGAGCAUGGCCCAAGAGGAGAUAUUUAUUGGAGACGGCGAAGUUUCAAACGACAGUGGCAAUGAUGAGGAAUCAUAGCGACCGGCUCACUGAAGUCACUUUUUUUUUUAUCGCUUAGUUGGGUGGGCGAGCUCACAGCCCACCUAGUGUUAAGUGGUUACUGGAGCCCAUAGACAUUUACAACGUAAAUGCCCCACCCACCAUGGGAUAUAAGUUCUAAGGUCUCAGUAUAGUUACAACAGCUGUCCCACCCUUCAAACCGAAACGCAUUAUUGCUUCACGGCAGAAAUAGGCAGUCACAUCAAAGCAAUUGUUAAGCCACGCUAAUAAACUGAGCCCCGAUCAUACGUCACAAGUGGCUAAUCGUUGUGCAUUAUAGUUAUUGUUACCUCGUUUACUUUAACCACGAAUGACGUCAUAUAUAGUGAAGUUGCGUUCAGCUGUGUGUGUGUGACAGAGAGAUAAGACCGCCCGCUAUAUUCGUAUUGAGUGACGCGACUGUGCCUACCUUCAGACCUUCAGACCUUAGAAACGCAAAAGUCGUGCUGGAAUUCGAACCAUUAGAUUGUACAAAACCAGGGUUCUAAAGCACUGGUACAUAGGGUACCUCAAUAGUGGCUUUACAAAGCUAAUCUUUGCUACUGGUGGUAGGGAGUCUGGUGAGCCCAUUCGGGUAGGAACCACCGCCCUGCCUAUUUGUGUUGCGAAGCUGUAAUGCUUUUCGGUUUGAAGGGUUACGCAGUCGUGGUACUACAGAACUGAGUCAUGGAAUUCGUGUCUCGAGGUAGAAGUCGUUUACAUUGUUGAUGUCUAUGGGCUCCGGUAACCACUUAACAACAAAUACGCCGUCAGCUCGUCCAAAUUCUCCUGGUAUUGUUGAUGCCCAGAACACAUUAAGUCGAUAAUCUGGCUUCGAAUGCAACAAAAAAUGAGAUUACAGUCAAAAUCUGUUAUAACGACAUCGAAGGGACUGCUCAUAUUCAGUCGUAAAAACCGAUAGUCGUAACAACCGGUGAUGUUUAAUGUGUAUCGUGCAAGUACAAACAAAUCGAUAGGGAAUUAUUGGAAAAAUAUAUUUACAUAAUACGCAAUUUUUCUUCAAUAUUAUAUAUGCAAAAGCUAAAUUGAAUACGUUUAAAAAUACUGUAGAAUUAAAAUUGGCAACACUUUCUUGUUUUCAAGAAAUUUUGAGGCAUGCUCUGUCUCUUUCCAGCAACACACAGAUUUAUGACGUCAUCAUUCCGUAUUUUUUCUAUAGCCCGAAAUUAAAAUGUAAAACUGAAGUGAAUUGAUUUUAAUAUCGCUUAAAACUGUCGAUCGAAUGUGUUAAUUUAUAAUGUUUCAAACAACAACAAAAUAAAAAACAACACGCAAUUUGUGAUUUAAUAAAAUUAUGUCGUAUUUAAAAGAAAUAAUUUAUUUGUAUGAUUAAUGGCAAUAAUAAAUGGUGAUUUUAAAUUUGGAA